AUGGAAAUUUUUGGGAUCUCCAAGGGCAAGUCAAAACAACGGCGUAAAGAGUCGUUUCCAAGCGACCCUACAUUAUCGGUGCCAGGCACCGUCCGACAUUUACCAAAGGAAGUGCCUUCCAAAGCCUGGACACCUUCAUCAUCUACCGCAUCAAGCAAUUACACCACCGCGCCAGUGGAUAGUUAUUCCUUGGAUGAAUAUUAUCAAGGACAUAUUUCUCCCAGUGCCAGUUCGCGAUCGUCCCACAUCACCACUGGUAAUGAUGCCGAUGGUCAUGGUCAAUAUGAUGGUCUCACUGAGAAAGAAGUCGAGGAUCUCUUUGAGAAGAUGCUGACGCGACGUGGCAUUCACGAUGCCAAUGCACGAACAGUGAUGCUGUCGUUUCCUACCGAAAAGAAGUGGCUGAUGGUGUCGCAAGACAGACAGACGGAAGUGACGAUUCCAACCACCACGCUGAACAAUAAGAAAACAAGCAACGACCUAAAGGAACCGGAGAAAAGCACGCCCGAGUUUUACAUUAAACAAUUUCUGGAACCGGACAUGCGCGGAGUCACGCCACGUCUAGUCGCGCAUUUGGCUGUCAGUUUACGUACCAUGCCGCUCAGUUGGGUACGCCAGUUCAUCGAAUCGCGUGGUUUACAAGUAAUUAGUAAUGUCAUCAAUAUUUUAAACAAACGCGAAUCAAAGACAGAAGCCGAUCUUCAGAUGGAAGCCGAGAUUCUAAAAUGCUUCAAAUCAUUGAUCAAUAACAGGUGGGGUGCACGAGAAGUGAUCUCCAAUCCGCAAUGUAUCUAUCACAUUGUGUUAUCGCUUGUAUCGCCGCCAAUUCAAACGCGAAAAUUGGUAUGCGAGGUGUUGGCUUUUGUAUGCCAUCUUGAUCUGCCCAAAGGUCAAAAUAUUGUCCUUCAAGGCAUGGAUAAACUGAGAAAUUACAGACGUGAACUUGGAAGGUUUGAUGGUUGGUUGAAAAUACUCGAUGCCACAUUGGAAGGACGAGGUCGCAUGGGAAGUCUAGUCGGCGCAAGCGAGGAUAUCAAGCGACUGGGCCCGCAAGGCGCACCCGAUAAUCACUUGGCGGAUUACGCCUUGUCCAAUAUGAUGCUGGUCAAUUCAAUUAUCAGCGUGGUCGAGGAUGUGGAAAUCCGUGUGCACCUUCGAAAUCAGAUGAACGCGUGCGGCUUGCAACGUAUCUUUGAUAAAAUGCUAGAGUUCAAUAACGAGCAUCUGAAGCGCCAUAUCAAUAUCUACAAGCAGAUGAGCGACAAUGAUUACGAAGAUAUCAUGGAAAUCUACAACGAGCGGCUUCUCAAUGAUAUGAAUGAUCCUCGCGAUGUGUUUGAAACGAUCCUUAGUCGAGUGGAAGGCACACGUAGUUACGAUUUCUUCCUCAGCGCUUUACAACAUCUGUUGCUUAUCCAGGAUCAAGAUGAUACACAAAUACGUUAUUAUCAAUUGCUGGAUAAUCUGAUUACGCAAAUCGUGUUGGAUCGAAAAGGACUUGCAGCGGAUGACUUUUCGGGAGGAUAUGGAUGGUCAGUCUCAACUUUGAUCGAUAAAUUCGCCGAGCAAGAUCAGUUAGCAGCCGCCAUUGCCGAAGCCAACGAAGCCAAAAAGCUGUACGAGGAAGCGAUCAAGGAAAAACAGGAACUGGAGCUCGAGGUGAAUAUGAAAGGAGAUGGCUUGAUCGGACAGCUAAAGGAUAAAACAAAUUCAUUGGAAGAUUUGCUUCGAAUGUCACGUCACACGAUCGCCACUUUGCAAAGAAAGUUGAAAGAUGCUCAACAAGAGUACCAUAUCAAUUUGACGGCAAUGGAUCAGGAAUUAAAGACGUUGCAUAAGAAAGCCGUCGAAGCAAACAACGUCGAUCAACCGCUACCCAUCGAGAGCGAGGAUUCUCAGGAUAAUCAAUUUGUUCUCAAGAGGGAUGAAGUGAGCCGAGCUUAUGACCGUUUGCGUGCCCAAGCUAUUCUCGAAGGCAAACCAUCCGAUGGCGAUGAUCUUACGAACCUGCCGAAAGCCGAAGGAUUAUCGGAAGCCUUCAAAUCGACGCUUGUUAAUCAAUUUAGUUCCUCAGCCCCGUCAGGAUUUGUUAUUCCUGGUACUAUGCCAUUGAUUGGUACAACCCGCCGAGGUGGAGUUCACAGCUUGAAUAGAGACGUGUUGGAUGUGGAUCAUUCAUCAAAGCCGGAAGGACAAGAUGCCGUACGAAUGCAUACGGUGGUGAAGGGACAUGUGGACGAGUUGCUCAAGGACAAUACACCUGUUGAAGGAGAGCACGCUGAUAAACCAAUCGGUGCCUUGGCUGCGGAAUUGCAACAAAGACUGCAACGACAAGGCCGUCCUUUGGCCAAUAAUGCACCAACAGAUUCAGUCAACGAUCAAAACCUGCCAACGCCCCAAUUGGAUCAACGAAACUCAUCAGUCAGCGGCGAAUUAUCUGAAGCAGAAAACCGUCAUUUACCACUGCGCAAAUCAAGUGCAGUUGAACACUUACCCAAUGACGUAUCAGCUACUCAACAACGCACAUCAUCCUCAGCAGUUGAAAGCAUGGACCAUGUCAAGGAUAAACACGCAUUGUCUUUGGAUGGGUCUAAUGUCGCUAAUAUGAAGGCUGUAGAUGCCAUAUCUUCGUCCAACAUUGCAAGUGCAACUGCAUUGCCGGUGGCUUCUAAGGACAGCGUUGCGCCAGCUCUAUCGUCCUCGUUGGACGCAUCUACUACUGUACCUUCCACUGGUGCUCCCUCAGCGGCUGCGCCUUCAAUUUCUUCGGCUCCUUCGGCUUCUGCCCCACCGCCGCCACCACCACCACCACCGCCGCCGCCUCCAAUCGAAACCACAUUUAUACCUUCGGCAGCCACAUCAAUGGCUGACAAAGCGACUUCUAUACCACCCGCGCCACCCGCGCCUCCCGCACCGCCCGCUCCUCCACCACCAGGAACCACCGCACCAAUUGCACCGCCACCGCCACCGCCACCGCCACCGCCACCGCCUCCACCACCACCUCCUGGUCCCAAUGCUUCGGCAGGCCCUGCACCUCCACCACCUCCGCCACCACCACCAGGUCCCAAUGCUCCAGCAGGUCCUGCACCACCGCCCGUUCCUAUGGCUGCUAUGCGCAAGGUGAUUCGUCAUCAACCGAACGUCAAAACACGAGCUUUGCAAUGGACCAAACUGCACGCCAACUUUGUCAACAAAACGGUAUGGGGUGUGGACGAUAUUGACGAGGACGCAUUGGAAGAUGAAUUGGACCAUAUUGGCGUGUUCAACACGAUUCAAGAGUUAUUUGCACAACGAGUUGUGGAGCGCAAACAACGGCAACGAAAGGAACGCAAACAAGAAAUCUGUAUUUUGGAUCCUAAAAAGGCUUACAAUAUUAACAUUGCAUUGCUGGCCAAACUUAAACAUAUACCAUUCUCCAAGGUUGCCGAACGCUUCUUGGCCGUUGAUGACAAACUUUGUACCGAGAAUCUCCUGCUGAAUUUACAAGCCAAUGUACCUACAGCGGAGGAAAUGGGCAAGCUUUCUGUCUUUGUCAAGAGUGCUUCAGAGGAAGAAUUGGAACAACUGUCGCGACCAGAUACUUUCUGCGUAGAGAUGAUGAAAAUUGAGCGAUACAAAGAGAGGGUGGACUGUAUGUUAUUCCGAGCUACUUUUGCCGAAAAGCAUCAACAACUGAGUAGGAAUAUGAGCUCAGUACUGGAAGCUUCGAUUGCUCUCAAAGAUUCGAGUUCGUUCAAAGAAUUGUUACGACUUAUCCUUGUGCUCGGCAAUUUCAUGAACGGAAGUACAUUCCAGGGCGGUGCAUUUGGUAUCAAGAUUGGCAGUAUCAACAAGGCAAGUGUCACAGAUACCAAGGGUACGGAAGGCAACACGACGCUACUGCAUUUCCUUGUCGAUACUGUUGAGGAAAAAUUGCCUCGAUUGCAUAGUUUCUUGGAUGAUUUGACAGAGACUGGCCAAGCCUGCAGAGUGACCUUGCAAGAUAUGGUGAAGGAUUACAACGAAAUCCGAAGCGGUCUUCAGAAAUUGAUCCAGGAAUUGGACAACCAUUACAGCGACGAUUAUGUGGCACCCACAGGAGAUCGUUUUGCCGCUGUUAUGCGGGCAUUCCGUGACGAAGCGAUUGAUAAGUUUGAGGAACUUGAAGUCCGGUAUACCUCCAUGGAUGUGGCAUACAAAGAUGUUGUUGCGUUCUAUGGCGAGAAUCCAGAGCAAAUGAAACCGGACGAAUUCUUUGGCAUUUUCAAGACGUUCACAUCAAGCUGGGAGCGUGCCAUGAGUGACAACAAGUCAGCUCGCAAGAAGUUGGAACAAAUGGAACGGGCACGCCAGAUGGAUGAAGAACGUAAAGAGCGCAUGAAGAAACAGAAAAUGCGUGGUGUUGAUAUCAGCGAUUCUGGAGCGUCCAAUAAUGAAGAAGAUAAGCAUAUCAUGGACAAUUUACUGGACAAAUUGCGUGCCGGUGAAUUAGAAACCAAUACCAAGCGAAGGGCAGGCGGGGACCGACCGACUCGACAACAGCGUUUGCAAAAAAGUGAAUCCGUUGUCCUGCGUGCGGAAGAUUUGUUAAAGAGCAUACAAACAGAAGAUCGCAGCCCGCCUGCGAUUCGAUCCAAUAGACUACGGUCAUCAAGAACUAGCAAUAGCUCCCAUGACCGGGAAAGAGCAUCUCAUACUAUAGAGUAA